AGGUGGCGGAGAACUGACGCUGGGGCCGCGCUUGGAAAAGUCGCCAGAAAUGUCAGUUAGCAAGUGGAAAUCACCGGAAAAACUACGCAACGCGGCAAAAAUUCAAAGCGACUAUCGGCAAAUCGGCAAGCGGCAAAACAGCAGCAGCAAAAGCAGCGUGAAAAGCAGCGCGGUCGACGUCGUCGGGAGCUGAGGUGGAAUAGAGUAAAAGAAUGCACGAAUGCGAAACGCGACAGCAGCGGCAGCGGCGGCGAAUGCUGAUAACAAAGCGUGCGGCGCGUUAAUAACAAUAACAACAACAGCAAAAAGAGUCGCGCGUUUAAUUAACAGACAGCCAAAGCAAUAGCAAUAGCAAUAACAACAGAAGCCGAAGCAGAAGUUGGCGGCAGCGCAGUCCGCGUCAACGUCGCGUGUGGGAGUUUAACAGUUUCCUUGCCCAUUGCACGACGAGCGAAAAACUGAUAAAAACUGCAUUUGAUUGCAAUUUUGGCGGCAUUUGCAAACCGAACAACGGCGAACGCGCAACGCAAAAAGAAAUCAAUAAAAAACAAAACAAGCAAGCGGUAAAACGGUUUCCCCCCACCCCAAACAAGGCAACAAUGAAGUGAAAUACACACAAGUUGUAUCCGAUAAAUAAUCGCGAAUCGUUCAACUUAAACUUGCAAAUUCAAUGCUUAACACUUAGUUACUUGAUAAUAUUAUAAGCAAAUGCAACCGUUCCGUUCCGUGCCGUGCUAAUGCAAAUCGUAUACGACAUACAGAUAAAUCUGUUAACUUAACCUAAGUGCAAUAACUAAAACAAUCCAACAUACGAAUCAUAUUUCUAAGGAUUCUGCUUCUCAACACUUUAAUCGGACUCUAACUACUGUACGCUCGGCAAGCCUUUAAGCUAACGUUACAAACAGGAACAACGAUAGACGAGACGAACUGUGUUGUCCGUUUGAUUGACUAGCCUGACUCUUUGCCUUGGUUUAUUGACUGCAGCUACCAACAAAAAAAAAAAACGGGAAAAAAAGAGGAAAAACGCUGAGCAAUAUUUCUUUAUUGAGGCUCGAGUCAUCUUCAAAAAAAUAACAACGCUAAGGAAAAUCACAACGGAAUGGAAAAAAUGUUAGGCCACGCCGAUUGUCAAGCGUUGACAAUUUGACGCUGAAAUCCUUGGACACAAUUCGCUCUUCUCUUAGCGCCAAUCGCGAGAGAAGCGUGCGAGUUACAAAGGAAGAGCGAAAGAGAGCGAGAGCGCCAGCUAGAGAGCGCAAUACAACUCUGAGUUCAAAGCUCAACACACACAUACAAAAGCUAACGGCUACGCACAAAAUGCAACACAAAAUGAAUCUGGCAACGCUGCUGGCGCUGGUGCUGCUACUGGCCAGCAGAAGGAGUUCAGUGCUGGCGGAUAGUCCACAGCAUAUGGGCGGCGGCGGCAUGGGUAUGGGAAUGGGCAUGGGAUCACACUCAAUGGAGGUGAGUCCAGCGCCUGGCUAUGGAGUGCCCGCCAUACCCAAGGAUCCCAACUCGCGUUGCGAGGAAAUCACGAUACCCAUGUGCCGGGGAAUUGGCUACAACAUGACAUCGUUUCCCAAUGAAAUGAAUCACGAGACACAGGACGAGGCGGGUCUGGAGGUGCAUCAGUUCUGGCCGCUGGUCGAGAUCAAAUGUUCGCCGGACUUGAAGUUCUUCCUCUGCAGCAUGUAUACGCCCAUUUGUCUGGAGGACUAUCACAAGCCGCUGCCUGUCUGUCGCAGUGUCUGCGAACGUGCUCGCUCCGGCUGUGCACCCAUCAUGCAGCAGUAUAGCUUCGAGUGGCCCGAACGCAUGGCUUGCGAGCACUUGCCGCUGCAUGGGGAUACCGACAAUCUGUGCAUGGAACAACCUUCGUAUACCGAGAGCAGCGGCACCAGCAGCGGUGGUGGCAGUGGUAGCAGUUCGGGCUCUGGUUCUGGUUCUGGAGGAAAGCGUAAGCAGGGUGGCGCCAGUGGCUCUGGUGGCUCCUCAUCGACAGCCAACAAGUGCAAGGGCAAGAAUUCAAAAAACUGCCAAAAUCCCCUAGGAGAAAGGGCAAACGGAAAGGAGUGCACAUGCUCAUGCCGAUCGCCGCUCAUCGUCCUGGGGAAGGAGCAGCUAAUGCAGCAGUCCCCAAUGCUGCACCAUCACUGGUACAUGAAUCUGACUGUCCAAAGGAUCGCAAACGUACCAAACUGCGCCAUACCGUGCAAGGGACCGUUCUUCACAAACGACGAAAAGGACUUCGCCGGCCUGUGGAUCGCCCUGUGGUCGGGUCUAUGCUUCUGCAGCACCCUCAUGACCCUAACCACAUUCAUCAUCGACACCGAAAGGUUUAAGUAUCCUGAGCGACCCAUUGUCUUCCUUUCCGCCUGCUAUUUCAUGGUCGCCGUUGGCUACUUAUCACGGAACUUCUUGCAAAACGAGGAGAUCGCUUGCGAUGGACGUUUGCUGCGUGAGAGCUCGACGGGACCGCAUUCAUGUACUUUGGUCUUUCUGCUCACCUACUUCUUUGGCAUGGCCUCAUCCAUCUGGUGGGUCAUACUCAGCUUCACCUGGUUCCUGGCCGCUGGCUUGAAAUGGGGCAACGAAGCCAUCACGAAGCAUUCGCAGUACUUCCAUCUUGCCGCAUGGCUAAUUCCGACGGUGCAAUCGGUUGCAGUCCUGCUGCUGUCUGCCGUGGAUGGCGAUCCCAUUUUGGGCAUCUGCUAUGUGGGUAAUCUCAAUCCGGAUCAUCUAAAGACCUUCGUUCUAGCACCGCUCUUUGUAUACCUCGUCAUUGGAACCACCUUCCUCAUGGCCGGUUUUGUAUCGCUCUUCCGCAUCCGUUCGGUUAUCAAGCAACAAGGCGGCGUUGGAGCCGGCGUCAAGGCUGACAAGUUAGAGAAGCUCAUGAUACGCAUUGGCAUCUUCUCCGUGCUCUACACAGUGCCAGCCACAAUUGUCAUUGGCUGCUAUCUCUACGAGGCCGCCUACUUUGAGGACUGGAUCAAGGCACUCGCCUGUCCCUGCGCUCAGGUCAAGGGACCGGGCAAAAAGCCGCUGUACUCGGUGCUCAUGCUCAAGUAUUUCAUGGCACUAGCCGUGGGCAUUACCUCGGGCGUCUGGAUCUGGUCCGGCAAGACGCUAGAGAGCUGGCGUCGCUUCUGGCGGCGACUCUUCGGUGCGCCCGAUCGCACUGGUGCCAAUCAGGCAUUGAUUAAGCAAAGGCCGCCAAUACCGCAUCCAUAUGCGGGCUCGGGAAUGGGCAUGCCCGUGGGAUCGGCAGCGGGAUCGCUGUUGGCCACGCCCUACACACAAGCGGGCGGUGCUUCGGUGGCAUCGACCAGCCACCACCAUUUGCACCACCACGUUCUCAAGCAGCCGGCGGCCAGUCAUGUAUGACAUGGAGAGUCGGGAGGAGCAUCAACCAUGGGUGGCGGCAGCGUGCUGGGUGGUCACGGCACACUGAUGAGCACGGCGGGCAUGAGCAAUAGUACGGUCGGUGGCGGCGGUAUGUCUGGCAUGGGAGCUCCUCCUGGCAGCUUGUUACAACAGGGCGGUGUUGGCGCCAAUGGCGGUGCACCCGGUAAUGUUUACGGCAAUGUCAAUGGUGGCGGUGUUGGGGGUGUUGGUGGCGCCGGCGUUGGCGGUGGGCAAAGCACAGCGCCCGGUUCGGUUAUCGAUUCGCGAGCUGUAUCCGUGGUGGUUACUCUGCCCGGCGGGCCGGGCUCCCAACAUCCGGGGCAGGCGUUGAGCGACUAUGGUCCCAUAUAGUUAAUGGUACGCCCGGACACCGCGCACUGGGUCUCAACGAGUAGCUUCAGCCAGCUGUAAGAGCGCAGUUGUCAGCUCCAGCACCUGAACGAAGUCUCAUUCUACUCUAAACAUCUCUUGAUCUCUAUCUCUGUCUCAAUUCUCUGUGCUGCACUAUUAGCAAUUUCUUUUUCAGAGGUUUGAAAAGCAAAGCCAUAUUAAUUUUUUGUAGCCGUAGUUUGUUUACAGAGUUUGAACUAUUUGCGUAACAUUCUAGUCGAAAAAAUAAACAAAAAGCCUUUGAAAAAUGUUAAAGCGUGCAGAAGAACGAUUAAGAGAAAGAGAGCGAGAGAUAGAGAGAGAGCGAGAAAGUUGAAGCGCAAGUUACCGUUAGCCAGGCGCGUUUGUUCUGCAGCCUCCCCCAUUUAAAGCAUCUGUUCUUUUUUGGUUCUUUCCAUUAGUUUCUUCAACGAAAUAGACUGAGAAAACAAAAUGAUAAGUAAAUACAAUACACAUAACAAAUAGAAAUCGCGAAGAAGAGAACAACAAAAGAGAGCUAAAGCGAAAGAAUAAACUCUGCCCACACUGCCAAGUCAGAGCCACGAGCCAUAUUUCGAAAUUACAAGUAACUUUUAAUCAAACUACCUAAACUAUUAACCUUAAACCUAAACCUAAAGCUAUACCUAAACCUUAAACAUAGAGAAAACAAAAACAAAACACAUUUCGAAUUCGCAUUCGCAUAGAAAAC